UGGACCGGAGAGGAAAAGGAAAAGGACGGUUUUUUGGCCCAGUUCCGAUGCGGCGGCGGCUGCCGGAGGCGGCAUAGGCGCGCGGCGGAGCGCGUGGUCAUGCAGCGGCGGUGCGCGAGCAGGCAUCCACACGACUCGCCUCACCAGUGGACGGAGCGCUCCGGCUGCUGCUGCUGUCGCUGCUGCAGAACCAACCACCGCCGCACCGGCGCCGGCCGGACAUGAUGAUGAUGAGCUCAACUCAAGUUGUGUGUAAAUGGUAAGACGCACGAAGCUGCAGUCAGUCAGUGUGCGCGGGCUGGGAAUGCACGCGCUGAGCGUCGUCAGUACUGAGCGGUGUUCGAGUGAGGCGGCGGCGGCAGGAGCCCGCGGGUAGCGCUCGCCUCGCUCGCGCGUGUGCCCCACUAGUGCGCUUGCCAGUUGCGUCGAAGUUGUGUCAGCUUUGGGUUUGGCCGGCGUCUCGCGGGGGAACGGAUGCGGGUUUCCGCGGCGCCCAAGACAAGAGAGGCCGCGCGGGACGAUAGCAGCAGGAGCAGGAGCCGGAGCAGGAACGCGCGGCGGUGAGGGGCAGGCUGAUUCGAGGCGCGCGUGCUCCGCUCCGCUCCGAGUCCGUUCCCCUCCCCUCCGCCACCGCCACUAACAAGAAGUCGAGCAGUCACCAGGCUCCCUCCCCCGUCGACAUGGCUUCGUUCCCCGACUCGGACCUGCAGACGUGUCCGCUGUGCAAAGAGCUCUGCGGCUCCUCGGCGCCCAUCUCCUCGGGCUCCUCUACCUCGUCCUCCUCGUCGCAGACCUCGAGCUCAUCUACCUCGUCCUCGCGCCGCCUGCACGUGCUGCCCUGUCUGCACGCCUUCUGCAGGCAGUGCCUGGAGAGCCAGCGGCACCCCGGCGACCCCCUCAAGCUCAGGUGUCCCACGUGCGACCAGAAGGUGUCCAUCUCCGAGUCGGGCGUGGACGCCCUGCCCUCGUCCGCCUUCCUCUUCAGCAACCUGCUGGACGUGGUGGUGUCCUCCUCCGAGGAGACGGCCAAGAACGGGUGCCGGGCGGCGGGCGGAGGAGGAGGUGGCGGCGGCGGCGGCGGGUACCAGCGUCCCCACGGCGGGCUGCUGCGCCCCCACCGCCUCGGGGACCCCCACUGCAGCUCGUGCGACGAGGGGAACCCCGCCAGCUCCCACUGCCUCGACUGCCAGGAGUUCCUGUGCGACAACUGCGUGCGCGCCCACCAGCGCGUGCGCCUCACCAAGGACCACUUCAUCGAGCGCCUGUCCGAGGGCCUGUCCCUGGGGGGUCGCGUCCCCGCGCCCGUCCCGGCGCCCCUCUCGCUCUCGCAGGCCUUCCACUCGAGCUACUCGCUGCUGCCCAUCUUCCAGGACCGCGCCAGCUUCUGCCAGCAGCACGACAACGAGAUGUUCCGCUUCUUCUGCGACACCUGCUCCGUGCCCAUCUGCCGCGAGUGCAGCGUGGGCCGCCACAUGGGCCACAGCUUCAUCUACCUCCAGGAGGCUCUGCAGGACUCGCGGGCCGUCACCGUGCAGCUGCUGGCCGACGCGCAGCAGGGGAGGCAGGCCGUGCAGCUGAGCAUGGAGAAGGUACAGGCCAUUGCCGAGCAGGUGGAGAUCAAGGCCAAAGUGGUGCAGACGGAGGUGAAGGCUGUGGCACUGCGGUACCGGAAGGCACUGGAGGAGCGCGAGUGUGAGCUGCUGUGGAAGGUGGAGAAGAUCCGGCAGGUGAAGGCCAAGUCCUUGUACCUGCAAGUGGAGAAGCUUCACCAGAACCUCAGCAAGCUGGACGGGACUAUCGCGGCGGUGCAGCAGGUCCUGGAGGAGGGUCGCAACAUGGACAUCCUUCUGGCCCGCGAGCGCAUGCUCACGCAGAUCCAGGAGCUGAAGGCCCUUAGGGGCAUGCUGCAGCCCCAGGAGGAUGACCGCCUCAUGUUCACGCCACCAGACCAGGCCCUCCUCAUCGCCAUCAAGUCCAUGGGUCUGGUCAGCAGCGGUGCCUUCGCGCCUGUCACCAAGGCGUCGGGGGAGGGGCUGCGGGGGGCACUCAAGGGCAAGCCUGCCUCCUUCACCGUGGUCGGCUAUGACCACGACGGGGAGCCGCGGCUCUCCGGGGGAGACGCGGUCUCGGCGGCGGUCAUGGGCCCGGACGGGAACGUGACCCCGGCCGACGUGCUCGACCACCAGAACGGCACGUACACCGUGACUUACCUGCCUAAAGCGGAAGGGGAGCACCUCGUUUCGGCGCUCGUGAGCAACCAACACGUGGAGGGCAGCCCCUUCAAGGUGCUCGUCAAGUCAGGCCGCAGCUACCAGUCGGUCGGCAUGCCCGUGGCCUCCUUCGGCGGAGAGGGGGACGGUGACGGCCAGCUGUGCCGACCCUGGGGCGUCGGCGUGGACAAGGAAGGCUACGUCGUGGUGGCUGACCGCAGCAACAACCGCAUCCAGGUGUUCAAGCCCUGUGGCACGUUCCACCACAAGUUCGGCGCGUUGGGCUCGCGACCCGGGCAGUUUGACCGCCCCGCCGGCGUGGCGUGCGACAGCCAGAGGAGGAUCAUCGUGGCUGACAAGGACAAUCACCGCAUUCAGAUUUUCACUUUCGAAGGACAGUUCCUCCUGAAGUUCGGCGAGAAGGGAACCAAGAACGGGCAGUUCAACUACCCCUGGGACGUGGCGGUCAACUCUGAGGGCAAGAUCCUGGUCUCUGACACCCGCAACCACCGCGUUCAGCUCUUCGGGCCCGACGGCACGUUCCUGAACAAGUACGGCUUCGAGGGCGCUCUCUGGAAGCAUUUUGAUUCUCCGAGGGGCGUGGCCUUCAACCACGAGGACCACCUGGUCGUGACAGAUUUCAAUAACCACCGGCUGCUGGUAAUCCGGCCAGACUGCCAGUCGGCUCGCUUCCUGGGCUCCGAGGGAACGGGCAACGGGCAAUUCCUGCGUCCGCAGGGCGUCGCCGUCGACCAAGAGAACCGCAUCAUCGUCGCCGACUCUCGCAACCAUCGCGUCCAGGUGUUUGAGCCCAACGGCAACUUCUUAUGCAAGUUCGGGACUCAAGGAAGCGGCUUCGGGCAGAUGGACCGCCCUUCGGGGAUAGCCGUGAUGCCCGACGGAGUGAUCGUUGUCGUGGACUUUGGAAAUAACCGCAUCCUCAAGUUCUGACCAACAUGCUCUGGAUGGGAAAAUGGGAGAGGAAGGAAAAACAUAAGCGCGGGAGAAUUUAAAGAGCACAUCAAGAGUCCGGACGCUCGAGGGGGGACUGGGGGGGGCUGGUGCACGACGCAAGUCCGUUUGCUUCGCUUAUGGCGUCGUUCGCAAAGUGACGCGGUGAACGGAACGUAAAACGCGGCGGUUCCGGAAUUCCGACCCCGAGUGAAGAACGUCGCGUCGGGGUGUCAUAAACGCACCGGGCCUUCCUUCGACUUGGAGAGACCGGCGUCCCGUCGGGCCGACCUUGAUGUGCCUCUUUAAUCCUCCUCAACUGAUUGUCUCAGGGAAAUUUCUCACACUCUUCAAAUAUUGUACACCACUCUGCGUCAUGCCUACCUCAUGUAACUCCUCAUAUAUGAAUGUACUUGUGUUUGGUGUGCAGAGAUUUAGUCCACAAAGUUUUACAAAGAAGAGUCUACCUCAGUGCUUUUUUCUGUUUUUUUUUGCAAGAGAACGAUAAAGAGACGAUAUUUGAUUUACUUUUUUUUUUUUUUUUUUGCACAGAUCCGUUUAGUUUUCACUGUGCACGUUGAGCAACUAAGCAACUCCUGAAUGUUGGCGAGACGAAGCUUGGUGGAUACCAAGGUUCUGUGUGCAGGAUAAAAAAAAAAAAAAAAAGUGCGGGAAGAAAUUUUGAUUUGCCGUUGUUUGCCGGCGGUGUUUUGUGUUUUCUCGAACCGCCCCUUCCCCUUAUCCCCCCAUCUUUUUUUUUUUUUUUUUCUUUCUAAAAUUUCUAUUGAUGUCCAGCAUUUGCGAUCAGUUUAUUCUUGAGGUUUGAUGGUGCAGAGGGGGGAGCCGCCUCCUCCUGUACGAUGCCAAAUGGAUAGGAUUUAAUCAAAGUUGCAUCCUAGUUUGUAGUGGGACCAACUGCAUCGAGCAGAAAUCGGAGGACAAAAUGUUCUGAGGGUUUUUUCCCCUUCUUUUGUAGUGAAACUGGAUUUAGUAGGUUUUUCACAUCGUAAAAUCAGUGGUCCUCUACCCACACAAAGAAUAUUAAGACUUUUCUCGGUCCGUAAAAUAACUAUUAAGGUAUUGGAUCUUGUAAAAGCCAAAAAUGGAAAUAUGUGAGAAGUGUCUAGGGCCCGGAUUUUAAUUUUAUUCUGUAAGGAAAUCUUGGCGUCUGAAGUUGGAACCAAAAAAAAGGGUAUUUUGGGUAAAGGGGGUUUCUUUCCCCCUUCUCACCGACACCAUUCUAGUCAACGGUUUCCAGUCCUUUACGAAAGUGUUAAAAGCGACAAAUGAGACGCGAAGGGGGGACAAGUUUAGGUUGCUGGGCCUCCGGACUCACCUGCUGGAGAGACACCCCGCCCACUGCGUGUGGACGCUCCAUCGAAGGCACUCUCCCCCUUGCCGUGGGGAGUCGGAUCAAAUCCAAACCUCGCAGGACCGCUGCCCGAGUCCGUUGCCGUUUAUUGAAACGUCACCCGUUUCGGAACGUGCGGUCAUGCGGUUGCAGAUAAGCCCAGACACACUUGCGAGUGACCGAGGUCUCGUUGGGAGUGCGCUAAAGAAUCAAAGAUGAGCUUUUCUUUAUUGACCCGCUUCAGAUCGGAUUGGAUCCUAGCGCGCUAUCUUUAACCAUUGCUCUGUGUGUGUGUGUUUUAAAAAUAGUUUUUGAGUAUAACCCAGUGCCACAUCAGAGAGAACCACGUAGUCUGGCUUUAAACGGAAGAGAAGGCGAGACCCGCUGCUGCGGAAACCGGGCAGCAGGACGGUCCGGUGCGUCGGGGUGAGAUGAACGUGACCCGUGUGCGUCUUACGAUGCCUGUACCCGGUUCGCUUUUAGGUCCUUUGUCCAGUGGAAGUGGUGGCGAAACAGGAGCACGAGUGCAGGAGAGUCGGGAGCUCAGUCACACCGACCGCGGGAAGGCGGACGUCUGUGGCGUCCGUAGCGUCCGCCGCUGUCCUCCGCUCUUCGCUCGUCCACAUGUCGUCACUUGAGUCCACAAUGUUUCUUUUCUCAUUUUGCACCCGCACCCUUAGUGUCGGAAAUAGGAUCAAACGGUUAAAUCGGACGCGAAUCUGAUCGAGCCCAAAACUGCGUUUGCCUUUCUUCUGCGGUUGUCCCGCGAUAGAUUGUCGCCGCAUUCAGGAUCGUUCUUGGGAAAUAGAUGUGCAGCUGGACUGUCGGGCGAAGCUGCCGCUGAGAAGCGAACUGGGGUCGGCAGCUGGUGCCUGCGAGCGGGUUUUGGAACCGACGGACCUUGUGGGAUUUAUCGGGAAUCGCUUUUCUCUCAGCCUCUUUGACGUGACCGUAACGUUUCCUCCUGCGUUGGCUUUUCUUGGUGCAGCCCGGCACCGUCCCACAGUCCAGUUCACUCCGUCUCUGCAGAGCUGUUGAUGUUCUCCUGCAUCUCAGAGAACUUUGUGUUCAAGCCCUUGCUAGACAGAUAUUCCAUUUAUUAAGGAAAAAGAAAAGCCGGUUACUGUAGCGAGACGCUGACGAAGUUUUGAUGAUCGUGCUUCAGUUGAUGACAAAAAUGGCUCAUAGUACCAAAGUGAUGUGUGACCUGUGUGUGUGUGUGUGUGUGUGUGUGUGUGUGUGUGUUCCUCCUCUCGCGGACUCCCUUUGUUUUGCUGGUGUUUGUUCACACAGCUCACCGAGUCCACCUGGGCAUCUCGGAACACGUCAGCGUCCGCACGGCGACGCUUCCGGAACACCGUUGUGCAGGGCGACCCGUGCCUUUAGUUGCGAGGGAAAUGGGCGGGUGUGCGUCGGGAGAACCGUGCCAAAAACGCCACCGGCGAAGGGGAUUCGGUGCCAAAUGUAGCCGCUGCGGGCGGGGUUCGUGGGAUUCGCUCACGCGCUUUGAACACACACUUCGAUGGGGCAGGUGCAAGGAGGGGCCCUUGAGCUCAGGGCUUCCGCAUCAAGGCCUUGGAGCCACCGUGCGUGCGUGCGUGCGCAUACGCACUUUCUUUCCCUCCUCUGUUCAAUUUAGCUGCCUUAGUUGGUUUGUUUAUCCAUAAUUUUGCCACGUCGCUCUUGGCGAAAUAUUUUCCGAAAGAAAGAGCAGAGUCAGAGUUAAUACACUGAAGUCCUUAAAGCAAAAGUGAGCACACAGGCAGGCGCGCGCGCACACACACAGCGCACCUCCAUGGCUCGAGAGCACCAGGCCUGCCCUCGCACGUCGAACCUUCACCCGUAUCUAUUCAGUUCGGGUGGCAACAGCAGAGAUCUUCACUUCCCUUGUUCUCAAGUGGACUUGGUUUUUACCCCAACUUUCAGCACAAAAUCCUUCAACCUCAAUGGAGUGAUGGUAGGAGCAUAGCGUUAGCCUAGCAUUAGCUUGGAAGCUGUUGAGGAAAAUAUUUUACUUUGAGCGUGAGCCGAACAUUUGGCAGCGAGCGCCGUGCUGCGAGAGCCGCUGACCGCCACUCACACGGUACGCUGCCGCCUCCCACGUUGGGCGGCGCGUCGGACCUGCAUUCGUCUGUGGGAAUUCGCUUGCGGAAGAAUUGUCUCUCUAAGAUCCCUAGGUCUUCACUCUAUAAGAGAAAAAAGUUAAUAUUCGAACCACUUGCAUGCUUUAAAAAAGUCCUACGUAGGAAAGCGUGCUCUUGGUGUGGAAAAGUCGAUGCGGGAGAAAAAUGAGCGUAUUUAUCGUGACGUACCAAAAAAGUGUUGGUCCGCGGGUUACUGGACACGGUUUCCUUUGGCUCUUAGAGGUCGUCUCCACGGAAGCCAAGCGAGGCGACCGAGGGCCCGGUGCUGCUGCGCGCACCCGCGCCCACGUGGCGGGAAUCCAUUCGCCUGAAAGGCGGCGGCGGCGGCAGGACGGCGAUUCCCGCUCGGCGCCGCUCCCCCGUCCGCUCGCUCCGGACGACCCUCUUCCCGAAAACUGCCAAAGACUCCCGCGCUCAUGGUGCAACUGUGCUACGCCGCCUCGCUCAAAGCAGAAACUGUCCCGUAGGUCCUGCCGUGUUGAGAUACCUCCUUAAGGCUAAAAGCACGAAGAGCAACUAGACUUGAGACCCAUUAACCGCUGGUGACCUGAGAAUGGGGACGAAAAGCUCUUGGUCGUGUCCGUGUUUGACGUGUUCUCGCUAUGGUGUGCUUUCAUUCGGAUGGUAUUUGCCGGGGGCCGGUAGUCGGAAAUGCUGCUUUUUCGUGCUCCUUGUGCACGUGGCUGCCGUGAGCUCGUGUCACAGGUGGCUCGUAUGGAUAUAUAAAGAUACCCCUUGGCGCCCUGACAGCCCCUUUGUGUUGUCCAUGCCCUUUCCUUUGCCCCCGCCUCCCUCCCCAUAUUAAAUUACCAAAAAUUGUACCAGUUCAGAAGUGCAUGGUCUUAGACCUCUUUUAAUGAUUGUAUAAUCUCAAAAAAGAAAACGAGCGAAAAAAAGAAACUCAGGUAGCUUUCGAGAGCCUCGAUUUUGGGCGCUCGUUUCAACGAGAUGUUGUGUAACGUAGUGAUUUAGUGAUUCUUACCUCAGAAAACGUAGUGCUUUUUUCGUGUUUGUGUUUGCAUAUACCGCAUUACCUCUCAAUCUGAAUGAUGUUACUGUUUUUGAAUUCUACACGAUUUUUUUUUUUUUUUAGUUAUUUUUAUAAAUCUUUUGGUCAUUGUCACAUUCAUUUGAGAUCUAAAUACCAAAUGAGACGGAAGCGCAGACGGAGGAGUCACAGAUGACCCUUUUGGAAUGUACUUUUUAGGAAAGGUCACUGUGUCUCCUGCUUUCCAGUGACACCCACGCGGCUGCUCACAGGGACAGAGCGGGGCUUCGAGCUGCUCGAGCGCUGAGGCUGGAAGAGAACCAGUGCAGCUACAUCCCCCUAGGGCGCGAUGCCAAACCUGGUGGUAAAACCAGAGUGAUUGUGGCGAUUCCCUCAUUUGUGCAGUCAGUCCUGACCUACACGAUCGAUUCGCCCGUUGUCAGUAAUGACUCUUAAUAGAUCCAUCCUAAUAUUUGCAUUCUUAUGGUUAGCGGCUGUGUUGCAUUCAUCUAAAAAUUGGCAGUAACUUGGUUUGGAAAGGAUCCCCCUGAAAGUGAUGCACAGUGCUUGAGCAGAGCUCCGCGCCCCCCCCCCGCCCUGGAGGCAGCCGCUGUGGGUGCGUGUGUUCCUCAGUCCAGCGGGAACCUCUUGAAUGUAUCAAUCCUCCUCUACAGUCCAUGAGGAAAAGCUGCUCUGAGUGACUGGCUCCGUUUAGAUGGCUGCUGCAGUGACCCUUCCACUGCCAGCCUCAGGGGGUGUUGCGCGCGAGGGGAUGGCAGGUUGCGGAUGUAGGGUGGGCUUUGUGUUCUUCAAGCUGCACAGAGGCCCCCCCCCCCCCCCCCCACCUCUCCUCCUCCUCCUACCUCUCAAGACUGGCAGGAAGUGUAGGUGUUGUCUUCUGUCUAAAUAUGGCAAAGGAGACUAUAAUAUUUACUUAGUUGCCUGCAGCCUUUUUCUGUUGUCUCACAUGGACUUUAAACAUUU